GCUAACAAUUGCCAGUAGUGAUCGCUAAAUCAGCAUUAGCAUGUUCAGUUAAGAAACUCCUGAUCACAUAUUUGGAUCUUACACCUUGACGGGUUAAAUUAAUGCUUUUUGCCUGGAAUCCUGACCCUGAGCACUGAGCCCUGGUUUCUGAGCGGACUCGCUGUGCUGAGAGAGUGCCUGGGGGCUGCUGAGAGGAACGGACAGAGCCCCUCGACCUGGGCACCGCUGGUGAAACGGCCCCCCAGAACCCUCACAGCCGAAAGGACCCACACUUUCUUUCAAGAGGAUUAACCGCUCAGCGACACCAGGGCUCCUGAGCAGCAGACACGGGAGGCUAACCCAACAUCGAGGGCUGACACAACAUCUCUUCUGGUGCAAACCAUUGAUUAGGAAGAGAGAUAGAGGAGAGGAGGAGAAUUUAAACUUGGUUAAAUUAUUAGGCAUUGAACAGUCAUGCCAUUGUGAUAUAUUUGAAUGUGACGGUCAGAGAUACGGAAGAAGGUGAGGAGGAAGGUCACAGGAUGAAAGCUCUGCAGAAGAAUCAGGGGCGGACGGACCAGAUCUUGGGUGCCAUGGCAGACAUGUUGACCUCCAUGGCACUGCCCAGCCAAGAGUGGAUUUCAGAGACCAGUGAAAAACAUCCCUUGGUGGAGGAGGAGGGACAUGGGGUGGAUCUGGUGCAUUGGGGUCCAAUGGGGCUGGAUCCAGAGCGGGGGGCCCAAGACCAUCCCAUUAAAAGCUGCCAAUCGGGAGAAGAGUCGUAUUCGACAGCGGGCAGUGAGGGCAGUAUCUCCACCUCCGUGGCCUCCCUGCCCCCCCAGGCCUCGGGAAGCUCCGCCCCCAGCUCCCCCGGCUCCCGCCGCUCGGUCUCCACCCUUAAAAAGUGGCUGACCAAUCCGGUGCGCAAGCUGAGCUCCGCGGGCCUCGGGGGGGCCAAGGGCGAGCGGCAGGUCCGCAGGCCGGACGGCAGGCCCCCACCCGCCCAGCCGAGCCAGGACCCGCCGGGGCCCGGAGACCAGGCCGGCGGCCGCACCGUCCUCUCCACUGCCCAGAAGGAGCCGGAGAGUGGGAACGGGCCUGGACCUCCUGAAGACUGCACGCCUGGGACCCCCCUGUGCAACAGCUACCUGUCUGACCUCCUGCAGGGGGGCAACACCCCCACGCACACACAGAACCACCAGUCAUCCAGUCUGCUGCCAGAUGAGGACAGCUCUGCCCUGAUGGACGAUGCGUCCAGCAGCUCCUCAGCCACUAUAGACAGCGAGGAGGAGAGGAAGAACGCCCUGGAAAAGAGCAUCUAUGUACUGAAGGAACUCAUCGAGACAGAAAAGCUGUACGUGGGUGAUCUUGGACUCAUCGUGGAGGGGUACAUGGGCACCAUGCUCAGUAAGGGAGUGCCGGAGGAUAUGAAGGGGAAGGACAAGAUUGUGUUUGGCAACAUUCACCAGAUCUUUGAUUGGCAUAAAGACUACUUCCUGGUGGAGCUGGAGAAGUGUGUGGCUGAGCCGGAGAGACUGGCACAGCUCUUCAUCAAGCACGAGCGCCGUCUGCACAUGUAUGUGGUGUACUGUCAGAACAAGCCCAAGUCAGAACACAUCGUGUCGGAGUACAUAGAGACCUACUUCGAGGAGUUGAAGCAGCAACUGGGCCAUCGGCUGCAGCUGAAUGACCUCCUGAUCAAGCCUGUGCAGAGGAUCAUGAAGUACCAGCUGCUGCUCAAGGACUUCCUGAAGUACUACACUAAGGCUGGGAUGGACACCGUGGAGCUUGAGAAAGCUGUGGAGGUGAUGUGCUUUGUGCCCAAGCGCUGCAAUGACAUGAUGAACGUUGGGAGGCUGCAGGGGUUCGAGGGGAAGAUCACCGCUCAGGGGAAGCUUCUCCAGCAGGACACCUUCAUGGUGGUGGAGCAGGAGAGCAGCUUCCUGCCCCGCCCCAGGGAGAGGCGGGUCUUCCUGUUCGAGCAGCUGGUCAUCUUCAGCGAGCCCAUCGACAGGAAGAAGGGCUUCUUGUUGCCUGGAUACACCUUCAAGAACAGCAUAAAGGUCAGCUGUCUUGGGGUGGAGGACUGUGUGGACGAUGACCCGUGCAGGUUCGCCCUGACAUCGCGGGGGACCGACGGGAACUCGGUCCGCUUCAUCAUGCAGACGCCCACGCCCGAGAUCCGCCAGGCCUGGGUGUCCGACGUGGGCCAGAUCCUGGAGAGCCAGCGCAACUUCCUGAAUGCCCUGCAGUCUCCGAUCGAGUACCAGAGGAAGGAGAGCAAGUCCAACAGCCUGGGCCGAGCCAUGAGGGCUCCCCCGACCCCCGUCUCUGCCACUGGGCUGCGGCCCCACUCCUCCGCCUCCAUCGACCGCCAGCGGCUGCCCUGCCUGCAGUCCUACAACAGCUCCCUGCCCACCCUCUACCUGCCCGAGCCCCUCUCUCAGCACGAGUUCACCGCGGUCCAGCCCAGCCCUGCAUUAUCCAACCCCAGUCCCCAGACCAUCUCUCCAGCCCACGUUCACCUGGGUUUCCCUGAGCAGUGUGGCACAUCCCCGUCCCACCCCGGCAUUUCCAACGGGCUGUGUUCCCCCACACAGAACAGUGUACAGCGAUCCAGUAAUGGAGCUUCGGCCGGCCAAAUGGCGGGACUGCCGUCUGGAGCAUCCAGCACGCCACGCUCCGGCAACCUGGCCCAGCUCGCCGAAGACGACCUGUGACCCCCAGGACUCCUCCCACUUCACGACUCACACCAGGGCGUGCCCACCAUUUAGACUGACUCUUAUCACCAUUAGUAGCUUAUAAGACAUUUUUGUUAUUAUUGUUGUCAUUGCUAUAUUCUAUGUUUCAGAUUUGACUUAUUUACUGUUUGUUCGGGCACAACAAAAAAAAACCUCCCGGAUGUUACAAGAUGCGUUUUUUUUGUUGUUGUUGAUUUUGUUCAUUUGUAUCAAAUCAACUGGGGUCAGAGGUGUGUGUAGAUAAUCUUUUGUUACUCUACCGCUGUUUUAGCAGACACUGUGGUUUAUGGAAGGGCAUGAAAGUGUUUGUUACUGAGACGGUGGCGGCUGGUUCAGUGUCGCUCAAACCCCAAACGUUUCACUGAAAAAGAGACGUCUUGCAGCUCAGUUGUUGUACAUAGGGUUGAUUCUGCGGUGCAAUGGUCAGGGUAAGUUGAUGUGGUUUGGUGUGGGCGCCCAAAGGUGAAGUCUUGCGGUGGCAUUUUUCAAACCAGCCGCAUGCCAGGGACAACUUCAUACAGCAGUGUGCAUGGUCCUUUAACCACACUAGAGCUGAACCAGACUGGCUCAUUAUACCCCUUUCCCACUGUAGAGCUGAACCAGACUGGCUCAAUAUACCCCUUUCCCACUGUACAGCUGAACCAGGCUGGCUCAUUAUACCCCUUUCCCCCUGUAGAGCUGAACCAGCCUGGCUCAUUAUUCUCCUUUCCUGAAGAGCUGGAACCAGACUGGCUCAUUAUACCCCUUUCCCACUGUAAAGCUGGAACUAGGCUGACUCAUUACCACUGUGUGUGUGUGCGUGUAUGCGUAUGUGUGUGUGUGUGUGUGUGUGUGUGUGUGUGUGCGUGCGUGCAUGCAUGCUUGCGUGUGUGUGUAUGUGUUUGUGUGUGUAUAUGUGUGUGUAUGUGUGAGUGCAUGCGUGCAUGCAUGCGUGUGUUUGUGUUAGUUUUUGUUGUUCUCUCUGCAUGCAUGCAUGAAGGGCAGGGCAGGCGAGGUGAUGCAAAUGUGUCCUCACUGCUGGUUCUAAUGACGGUUCCACACUUCCACAAACUCCCAUAAUGCCAUAUGGGGAAAAUGAUGCUGUACAAUUGAAUCAUGGGGAAACACUGUCUACCUGGCCAUUGGAUUGGUAUCAAUGUGGAUGACAAUGACCCCAUGCAUCAACCAAUUGGAUUUUAAAUCAGGGUGAUGAAUGAGAAAUGAGGUCAUCCAUCAAAGGCAGGGAGGCAGUCCUUGUGAAAAGAUCCAAAUGGAUGGCUGACAUAUCACUAAUCAAGCCUGCUAAAGGGCAGAGCAGCGGUAGUCUGGAUUCCAUCAACAUUUCCCUUUCAUUUUGACUUGCAAGUAAACCUGUGAAAAUGAAAUCAGAUCAAUGAAAAACAUUUUCAACUAGAACACUUUUUUUCUUUUGUUUUUAGAGACAUUAAACUCACUAAAAUUGUUUUCAAUGAGGAAAAAACACUUGGAUUUGAUUAUGAAUACAAAUUAAGGGCUAAUGUUAAUAGGAUCCAGACCAUUAUCGAUUGUUCGCUUUUUAAAUGGGGGAACAAACUCAUUUAAUUUAACAACCUUUCUGUACUCCAAAACCUUGACCAUUUUGUAUAGCAGUUAUUUGGUUAUUUGUGUUGAGUUUUUUUGUCCCAUUUUAGUCCAGUUCUAAAAUAGGAACAUGGUGAGAGGGAUUUGUUUUUUUCAAAAAGAAAGGACUACCAGCUUUAUGGACUCUGCGCAGUUAUUUCUUUGCAUUUGAGGAUCGUCAGAACGUUGCUGUUUUGCAUGUUUUACCGGCGAGAAGAUGGAGAAGAAAUGGUUUUUAAUGGACAAACUCAUAAAAAAGGGAAGGGGGACGGAUUGAUUUAGUCAAUCUGCUGUAUCAUAUCAAAUAAAAACUCAUCUUUUUGAAAUAAA